AUGGAUUUGAUGAGUGACAUGCCCAUGGGCUCAAUGUCCAUGGGCGAUGGCGCUCCCAGCCUCUUCACACUGCAGAAGAUGUACUGGGCCGUUGUCGGGAGUGCUAUCGGUGCAGCAACACUCGUCAAUAUUUUGAACCGGUUAUUAGCGCAACAUCGACUACGAGACUCUUCUUUAACGCCCGCCAAACCCAAAUCCCUCUUCUUCAACACCUAUGCCACCCUCACAGCUAUCGUUCGCGAAAUCAGCUACGCAACGAUUCACCCACUAACCGUGGGAAACUACACCAUCCACUUCCCACCCCUCGGACCCGUCCUCAUCAUCCUCGCAAACCUAAUCACCAUCCUCGUCCUCUCCUUCUACAAACUAGACACCGCCGACGUCUGGAAAUGGGAAGAUAUCGGCUACAGCACCGGCUUCAUGGCCAUCUGCCAACUUCCCUUGAUCUUCCUGCUGGCAGGGAGACAGAAUAUUAUCGGCUUCCUGGCCGGUAUGAGCUACGCCAGUCUGAACUGGUUCCAUCGGUGGGCUGCGCGUACGCUCUGGCUUACGGCGACUAUCCACAUGUGUUUCUGGUUCCGGGACUGGGCUCGUUAUGACUAUAUCAAGUACGAGCUGUACAAUGAUGAACUUACGAAGCGUGGGUUCGCGGCGUGGGUUAUCUUGACGUUUAUCGUGGUCACUUCAAUCCGGCCUAUUCGAGGUUUAAGCUACGAGGUGUUUGUCCUGCAGCAUCUGGUCACGUUUGUCGGGUUUAUCGUUGCCGUGUGGAUGCACGCACCCGACGAGGUCAGGAUCUGGGUAUGGAUCCCGAUCGGACUGGUCGUUUUUGACCGUGUCGUACGAUAUGUCUGGGGUGCGUAUGCCAAUCUGGCCGUGUUUCACCGGAAGAGUGACAAGGGGAGUCGCGUGUGGACUCACUCAGCGACUUUCACCCCGAUGCCUGGCAACAUUACCCGGGUGACUGUUGAUAACCCGGGGAUUAAUUGGCAGGCUGGCCAGCACGUUUUCCUUACUUGCCACACUAUUGUGCCAUUGCAAAGUCACCCGUUCACUAUUGCUUCGCUGCCUGAGGAUGGAAAAUUGGAGUUUUUCAUCCGCGCGGAGAAUGGAGGAACGAGACGUUUCUUCCGAUUUGCCUCGAAGAAUGACAAGGUCCUCGGAGUGGAACCUGCCCCUGCUGUACGAGGCCGUACUGUCUUUGUCGAGGGACCGUACGGGACUAUCCGGUCACUGCGCCAAUUCGAUAGCGUCAUUCUCCUAGCUGGAGGCAUGGGUGCCACCUUUACCAUACCGUUACUACGGGACAUUGUAUCAGUCUGGACGAAAGAAAUCAAUGGUCAAAUCGGGCAGGGUUCCUUCCAAGCCAAGCGUCUGGCAGCGACCAAGCGCAUUAGAUUUGUCUGGGUGAUCAAGUCCCGGGCUCAACUGAUUCUCUUCGAAAGUCAACUACAAUCCGUCUUGGCGGACGUGGCUGAAUGCCGUCUCAGACAGCCCGAUUUCCAAAAAGAACUCGAAAUCAGCAUUUACAUCACCUGUGAUGAGAAACUGGAAGCUCCCACUACAGCACCACCAUCCCUCCCACUCCCGACCCAAAGCCUCGUCACCAGCGGCCUGGAUUUCUCAUACGAGAAGGGCCUAUCCGCCGAAAAGGAUAACGUCUCUAUCCACUCGGCUUCCGCAGAAUCAUCCUCGACAGCAGAACCCCCAGCACCAGUAGGCAAAGGCUGCCUCCCAGGCGGCGGAUGCUGCUGCACCACCCAAAUCGAAGACGAAGAUCAAGUCACUACUUGCGCAUGUACCUGUUCCGGACCAGUACGGUCUGAACAGACAAUCGCAACUCCCACAGUCAAUGAGAAACCCACUCUUUCUACGGCGUCAUCACCAUCACCUUCGCCCACAGUCCUAUCCGGCCGUCCCUACCCACAAACAAUCAUCCGCAAAGUCCUCGAGAAAGCCGAGGGCGAGAGUGCGGUUGUCGUUUGCGGUCCGCCUGGACUGAGUGAUGAUGUUCGUCGCAGUGUGGUCUAUCUUAGUGAUGAACGGGCGGUGCAUAAGGGGACGGGGGCGCAGGGGAUUUAUUUGCAUGUUGAGAAUUUUGGGUAUUAG